UUGCAGGCAGGUGAAUUAUAUGUGCAUAGCGAAGAACAGGAAAUAACAAUGAAUACGAACGCAGCAUGUAAUUUGGAAAGGUUGGUGCAACGGCUUGAGACAGCCACACUGCGUUUGGAAGCAUUGGGUGCUCAGAAACCGAUGUUAGCACCGAAACCUACCAGGAAUAAUACACCACCACCAACUGUUCCUUCCUCAACUGAAACUCCACCAUCUGUUGUACAGUAUGAUGAUGCUGUUAAUGAAUCUCUUCAAAGAUUGCUGAAACUAAGUGCUGAUAUUGGUGGUGAUCUGCAAACAGUGGGCAAUAAUUUGUCUGCACUUUUCACGGAACAGCGGAAUUUUAUUUGGUUAGCUGCUGGUCAAAAAGAACCAUCGGUUAAGGAUCUUCAAGCAAAACUUAAUCCUUUGGUUAAGUUAAUGGAAGAUUUAUCAGUAUUCAAAGAAUCCAAAAGAAAUACACCGUUUUUCAAUCAUAUUUCAGCGGCAAGUGAGGGAGUUCAAGCCCUUGGAUGGCUCACUGUGAAACCAGCUCCAGCACCAUUUAUCAAGGAAAUGUUUGAAGCAUCGAUGUUCUUUGUGAAUCGUGUCUUGAAGGAACACAAGGAUGAUAAAAUCCAUAUCGAAUGGGCGAAAUCAUGGUCAGAUGUUUUGAACGCUUUGCAGAAAUAUGUACGACAAGUACAUACUACGGGUCUUGUUUGGAACAGUUGCCCAGGUACAAAGCCACCAGCAGCAGCAGCAGCAGUAAAACCAAUCAGUUCCAACAACACUUCAUCUGGAGGUCCACCACCUCCGCCACCUCCUGUUCUUCCACCUGAUCUUUUUGCUGCAGUAUCAUCUGAAACAAAUGUUUCAACCGAUAAAAGUGAUCGGGCAGCUUUAUUUGCGGAAAUUAAUGCCGGAGAAGAAAUUACAAAACGUUUGAAAAAAGUAACACCUAAUAUGCAAACACAUAAGAACCCGGCACUUCGGUCACAGCAUAAAGAAGUUGAAGCUGGAACACAAAACAGAGAGACAGCGCUGACGGCAGCUGACGGUACCUCACCGGUAAAAAAGCAAGCAGAUAAACCGCCGAAAACGUGGUUGGAUAAUGGCAAGCAGUGGAACGUUGAGUACUAUAAAAAUAACAACAGUGUGAUGGUCGAAGUCAGUGAUAUGAAGCAGACAGUGUAUGUAUUCAAAUGCGAGAAUAGUGUUAUUCAAAUCAAGGGAAAGGUAAAUUCAAUAACAUUGGAUAGCUGCAAGAAGACAUCUGUUGUAUUCGAUAGUCUUUUAUCUCAGUUUGAAGUGAUUAAUUGUCAGAGCGUGCAAAUACAGACCCUUGGUUCGAUGCCAACAUUAUCCAUCCAGAAAACUGAUGGUUGUCAGGUGUAUCUUAGUAAGAGUGCAAUAAAUGCGGAAAUAAUAACAAGUAAAUCAUCUGAGAUGAAUGUGCUUGUACCAGGUGCUGAAGAUGGUGAUUUUGUAGAAUUUGCGGUGCCUGAACAGUUCAAAACAGUUUAUGAUGGAAAGAAGUUAAAGACGACUGUGUCCGACAUAUGCUGAAAGAUGCGAAGUGUAUCACUAUGGUUGCAUUAUGUCCUACUUAAGCAGCGAAUAUUUUUACUUUUUCUCCAGUAAUUAAGAAGCAAAUCGAAAUUUCCACACUUCUAAAAUCGAAUGGAGAUAUUUUCCUUUUUUGAAGAAAUGUAACUGUAAAUUGUAUUAGAACGAAAUCUAUUUAAUUUCCUUUCCUAAUGAUUUUCUUAUUGAAAUUGUGAAUUCCCCUUUAAACAUUUUGCUCUAUAUAUUAAAAAUGCCUUUUGAAGCAUCAUGCUGUGUUUUAUGCACACUUUUCAAUGU